AGCUUGAAAUUCGUGGAUCCUUUGGUAAGUGCAGCUGUCUACGAUGCUCAAGCUGGAACGAGGCAGUUGCGAGUGGCCCUCCUGCUCCCGGAGUGGCUUGUCACUCCGAGGUUGCCUGACAACGAGGAAGCUCAACUUGAGGUAGAUCCUACCGACCAGGUUAGCUAAAAGUCUGUGGUUUACUGCCUACUUGUACUUAGUCGCAUCUUAGAGCUGUCUGAUAUGCUGGGGGUUCAAUAUCCAUGUAUAUUGCGGCUUAUGCCGGGACUCCGGCACUCUCUCAUCCACGCCAAGGACUCGAGGAGUGAUCAAUGUAAGACGGCCUGGGAGGCCAGUACCACUGGGUGAGUGAGUUCUCAUCGCGGUCAUCGCAAAGAUUCCUCAGCUACCCGUUUGCCACCUCGCCGCAGGUCCAGGGACUCGUUAUACCCAACCACGAAUCGUAUGUCCCAGAGCGAUGAGUCCUUGACCGUUAGCCAAGGCUUUAACACAACACCUUCUUCCAUCAGCAACUGCCCCUGGCUGAGGCACUCGCUGAAGCGGUGCACAAUGAUGGGUUCUUUGCUGUCCUCGUCCCGCUCUGGGCAAUUGGUCCGCGCUUUCGGGACGCGAGUUCUCUUUUCUUCACUUUCAGUCACGGCGGAGGCUGGGGCAACACCGGGCUCGUCUGCUUGUGGGUACCCAGGUAUGCUCACUCCCAUCUUCAGCUUGCUUGGGUCGGAUGCAGCUGCACACCUGGCCGAGGAGCCGCGUGACAUGUCCAGAACGAGCCCCCGAGCCAUGAAUAGCACUGGCAGCGCCCACGACUUGAAUGGGGCUAUGGGUUUCAUCGUUGUUGUUACCUUUUGCAUGGUGCUCGGAGAUGUCGAGUCGGUGACUGGAUGGUGUAUGGCAUUGCGGUUCUGUUCAGUUAGUAUGACGCGGUGGUGGGCGACCCUAGGUACUAUGCCGGAUCUUGCUGCCUUAGGUACUUCCGCAAGAGCGUGCGAAGUGCGCCAUCGAGGAUGAGCUCACAACGCUUAUGAUCACGGCGCCGCCGUCAGAAGGGUGUCUGACAACCGGGGUGCAAUAUAUCGUAGCCCAGAUUCCAGAAGAUCGCCCU